GGUUACGGAACUCCGGUGCCGGAGGUUACUUUCCCGGUUGUCGGAGAAUUUGCAAGAUAAAAUACAAAUAGGGAUAGAGAUUUGGCGUAUGCUCCGACUCUGUAUAGACUGGUGGAGAGAGAACGUCACUCUCUCGAUAUGAUUUACGACGAAACAGACUACAAACCCUAGAAAUCAGCUUCAGUUCCUCAUUUAUCUUCUUCCACAAUAUAGACAACAAAGAAACCAGAAUAUUCCGCGAAUUGGAGUUGGGAAAACCCUAUUUUCAGUUUUGUCCCUUGGGCUGUCCUCGAUUUCUGGUCUUCGAAAAUGGCUUCUCCGAGCACGACGUGGUCUCCAAGCUCCUUCCAGCUCCGAUUAGCCUUCAAUUGCAGGAAACCUCCGCCCGUUUUUAUACGGGCGUUGCGGAUUGGGAAGAAGCUAGAUCGUCGCCGUGUUCGCGUGAUUUCGGUCGCUGGUGAUGGAGUUGAACGGCGUCCUGCUGGGAAUUCUUGGAUUAAUUCCAGCUCUUCGGCUGACGCUUUCUCUGGCUGGUCAGGAGCCGACGGCGGUGGUGAACAGGCUGUCGAAUCGCAGAGGAAACGAUGGUUUGGAGGGAUUGUAGGAGCAGGAGCUGCCGGGCUCAUUCUUGUCGCUGGACUGACUUUUGCAGCACUGUCCGUGAGCAAGCGGCGCAUCAAUAGACCGGCACUAGAAAUAGAGCCAUUGAAAACACAGCAUGAAGUAUUAUUGGCCUAUGAUGACCAGAAUGAUAGAGUUGAACAGAAUGGGAAGGAUGGCCAGGAUGUGGAGAGUGAUGACAGUUGUCUUAACAAGGCAGGUAUAGAUAAUGAUUCUUCUUUGUCUACAGAAAAUAGCACAAGUAGAAACAAUGGUUCUGAUAUGGGGCAUAUGUUAAAUAGUGAUGAUGACAUUAACAAUGCUCCCAUUCAAGAAGAUUUCCAAAAUGUAUCAGCUGUUGAUGACAUAUCAGUUGCUUCUCAUGAAAGCCCAGGCACCACUGUACUGCCUGAACCUGACAUUGAUUUGGCCUUGAACAUUGAAAAUUCAGAUGGAAUUCUUGUUGCUGAAAGAUCAGAAUCAGAUUCUGAAAUAAAAGAAACCCCUAUUGAUUCCAAAACUACCAGCUUGUCAGUUUCUGAUGCUAAUCCAACAGAUCUGAACUUCAAAAAUCAGGAGGAAGUGACUGGUUCAAUGGGAGGAGAAAUCUCUGAUUUCUCAUCUGAUUCUCCCUUUGAGCCUCUACCUUCCAAUAUCUCAGGCAGAUCACAAUUCGAUGUGAUUGUGCAUGAAGAGAAUGUAGAGACUUUAGACUUCCUUUCAGCCAGGGCAGAUCUUGACCUGGGCCAGGCACAAGUUUUAACUGUGGGAAAUAAGUCAUCAGAAGAGCAUAAUUUAAAUGGAGAUGGGUCAUCUGGGAAAACAUCAGUGUCAGCAGUAGCCUAUUCAUUUGCAAAUGAACAAGAUGUGAAUACUUACAAUAGUUCGAACGAGACUAUAACAUAUCUGGAAUCAAGAAAUCCUGGAACUUCCUUCUCUUCUGCUGGUAUCCCUGCUCCAUCGGUAGUUUCUGCAGCUUUACAGGUGCUCCCAGGAAAAGUUUUGGUUCCUGCAGUUGUUGAUCAAGUUCAGGGGCAAGCCCUAGCAGCAUUGCAAGUUCUGAAAGUUAUUGAGGCUGACGUUCAGCCAGGUGAUUUGUGUACUCGUCGUGAGUAUGCCCGUUGGUUGGUUUCAGCCAGCAGUACUCUAUCAAGGAACACCGUCUCCAAAGUGUAUCCUGCAAUGUAUAUAGAGAAUGUAACUGAACUUGCAUUUGAUGAUAUUACACCAGAAGACCCUGACUUCCCAUCCAUCCAAGGCUUGGCAGAAGCUGGACUUAUAUCUAGCAAGCUUUCAAGACAUGACAUGGCUUCUUCAGAUGAAGACCAGAGUUCCCUUUGCUUCUCUCCUGAAAGUCCUCUAUCCCGUCAGGAUCUUGUAACUUGGAAGAUGGCUCUGGAGAAAAAACAGCUGCCUAAAGCUGACAGAAAGAUCCUGCAACAGCUCUCUGGUUUCAUAGAUAUUGACAAGAUCAACCCUGAUGCAUGGCCUGCACUCGUGGCUGACUUAUCAGCUGGAGAAAAUGGAAUAAUAGGACUUGCAUUUGGCUACACAAGGCUAUUCCAGCCAGAUAAGCCAGUGACCAAAUCCCAGGCCGCCAUUGCUCUAGCAACUGGUGAGGCUUCUGACAUAGUCAGUGAGGAACUUGCACGCAUUGAAGCUGAAUCUAUGGCAGAAAAUGCUGUUGCUGCACACACCGCUCUGGUAGCUCAGGUGGAGAAGGAUGUCAAUGCAAGUUUUGAGAAGGAGCUGUCAUUGGAAAGAGAAAAGGUCGAUGCUGUGGAAAAAUUGGCUGAAGAGGCAAGGCAAGAAGUGGAGAGGUUGAGAGCUGAAAGAGAGAAGGAGAAUAUUACUUUAAUGAAGGAACGCGCUGCUGUUGAAUCAGAAAUGGAAGUUCUCUUAAGGCUAAGGUGUGAGGUGGAGGAGCAAUUGGAGAGCCUUAUGAGCAACAAGGUGGAAAUAUCAUAUGAAAAAGAGAGGCUUGCCAAGCUCCUGAAAGAAGCAGAAACCGAAAACCAGGAGAUUACUCGGUUACAACAUGAGCUGGAGGUUGAGCGAAAAGCCCUGUCCAUGGCCCGGGCCUGGGCUGAAGACGAGGCAAAAAGAGCUAGAGAGCAAGCUAAAGUCCUGGAGGAGGCUCGAGACCGCUGGGAGAGACAUGGUAUCAAAGUAGUAGUUGAGGAUGACCUCCGUGAAGAGGCCAAUGUGGAAGUUACGUGGCUAAAUGCUGGAAACCAAUUCUCAGUUGAAGAAACUGUAAGCAGGGCUGAGACCUUGGUAGAUAAGUUAAAGGCAAUGGCUAUCAAUGUUAGAGGAAAAGCCAGAGAUACCAUUUCCCAAAUCAUCCAGAAGAUAGUUCUUUUGACAUCUGUUUUGAAGGAACGCGUCUAUGGAGUAGUCCAUCAUGGAGGAGAACUAAAGGAUGUGGCCUUGACGAGGAUGGAUAGCUCCUUGCAGGAAUUGCAGCAGAGCUCGGCCAGAUUUUCUUCGGCUCUCAAGGAAGGAGCAAAGAGAGUUGCAGGAGAUUGCAAGGAGGGAGUUGAGAAGCUCACUCAGAAGUUCAAGACUUGAGAACUAAAUGUAGUUCCAAUUUUUUACAGGUACAUUGCUUGCUUGCUGCACCAAGUGGAGAUGUGUGGUUUUUCCUUCCUUUUUAUUGGUUAAUUGUGCAUUCAAUUCCAAACUUUGUCCAUGUAAGGGAAAGAUGUAGUAGUGCCAAAAACCAAUGCACUUAAAUACCCGAGGGAAAUUUUGAUCGUGUAUUAGCACAAUUAUGUAUGACCAUGCCUAUGAAUAUGGUGUCUAAUAAGUAAAUCCACCUGGAUUUCUGCGAGUGCCAAACAGUUCUGAUAUUUGAAUCAUA